CUAGUGACCCCUGAGAGAUCGGCCGAAUUUUGGCGCAGGGAAAUGCGCGCUCCAGUUCGUUUUGACGGGGAGUCGCAGCGUGGAUUAAAAAAAGAAAAAGAUGUACGAAUAUCCAACAUUAUGGCAGCCAAAGGAGUCGCGGAUGCGAUCCGCACGUCGCUUGGGCCGCGGGGAAUGGACAAAAUGAUCCAAAAGUCUGAUGGCGAGGUGCUAAUAACUAACGACGGGGCCACGAUCCUGACGCAAAUGAACGUAGCGCAUCCAACAGUAAGACUAGUUGUAAUUAAUCACGGUGACUGGUUUACUUCAGGCCAAAAUGCUCGUUGAGUUAAGCAAGUCGCAAGACAUUGAGGCCGGAGAUGGAACUACUUCGGUCUGCGUGAUUGCUGGAUCAUUGCUCGAUGCCUGCCACCAGCUACUUGUCAAGGGGUUGCAUCCAACCUCGAUUGCAGAGGCAUUUGUGCUAGCAGCCAACACAUGUGAUUCAAUUCUACAGUCCUGCGCACAGCCGAUAACACUCAGUGAGCGGGAUAGGCUUGUUGAUGCGGUAAGGACGUGCCUCUCGUCUAAGGUUAUCUCCCAGAACUCGGAGACCCUUGCGCCGCUAGCUGUAGACGCAGUCCUGAGUGUCAUUGACACAACUUUUGCAACAACAGUUGACUUGGAAGCAAUUAAAAUUGUCAAGCAAGUCGGAGGGACAGUCGAUGACACGGAGCUGGUCGACGGAAUUGUUUUUGCACAAGGUGCCAAGAAGGCGGCUGGAGGUCCCACACGUGUAGAAAAUGCUAAGGUUGGUCUCAUCCAGUUCUGCCUUUCAGCUCCCAAGACCGACAUGGAAAACAAUGUCGUGGUCUCCGACUAUGCGGCCAUGGAUCGGCUUCUUCGCGAGGAGCGCAAGCACGUCCUUGGCUUGUGCAAGAAGAUAAAGAAAUGCGGAAUCACCGUCCUACUCAUUCAAAAGUCCAUUCUGCGUGACGCAUACAACGAUUUAUCCCUUCAUUUUCUCGCUAAGUCACCCUGCCACCGCGUCCAACUCCGAGAAACUUCUUUUUACCCAAAAUCCCACCAUAGGAUGGGCAUUAUGGUUGUUGCUGAUAUUGAGCGCAACGAUAUAUCGCAUAUUUCUGAAACUCUCGACCUUCUUCCUGUUGCCCAUGUAAAUUACUGUGUCCAAAUUGCGUGUGACGAAGUCACGCGAAGCGGUGUGGGAAGAUAGGAAGACACAGGUAGAUUCGCUAGAUCCAGCUAAACUUGGAACAGCUCAGCUUGUCCAUGAGAUCUCAAUGCCUGGGUCAUCACAGAAAGUCGUCAAGGUCACAGGUGUGCCACGCAAGAAUGCUUCAGUUACCAUCCUUGUUCGUGGUUCCAAUAAGCUUGUUCUGGAGGAGGCUGACCGCUCGCUUCACGACGCUCUCUGUGUUGUUCGUUCGCUCGUGAAGAAGCGAUACCUCAUCUCAGGUGGCGGCUCAGCAGAAGUGGAAGCUUGCCUAAAGCUGAGCGAUAUAGCCAAAACAAAGCCAGGUUCCGUUGGUUUUUGCCUUAGUGCGUUCGCCGAUGCGCUCGAAGUUGUACCUUACACACUAGCUGAAAACGCCGGGCUUAAUCCAAUCCACAUAGUCACACAGCUCCGUAAGCGACAUCGUGUUGCUGAAGCUGAUGCAGGUAUCAAUGUGAAGCAUGGCUGCAUCGGGAAUAUGUACACCCUCAAUGUAGUUCAGCCUCUCCUAGUUAACACUUGCGCCAUCCACCUUGCCACUGAAUGCAUCUGCAUGAUUCUAAAGAUAGACGACCUAGUUCUUGUUCGUUGAGGAGAGGAGAGGAGAGGAGGCUACUACACUGAAAGUAAUUCUCAGCAGACCCCUUGAAUGGCAAUUUGACAAAUAAUCGCGGCGUGGCUGUCCUCGAAUCGAUCUUCUUCGUCAUUUCCGAGUCCUUAAUUAAAUCUACGGUCGUAGUGAUUAAGCAAAUGCUCGUUUAAUAACUUGAAUAGCCUUUACCAUCAAACUAGCCUGAGCUUGCUAGCCUGAGCUAGCUAGCUAGCUGAUUUGCCCCUCCGAGUCGGAUGGUUCAUGCAAAAGGCCUGCAUUCCGCAGCACCUUGGGGUCUCAUACGGCACCCUGGUUCACGGGGCGGGCUGCGCUUAGAAAGCCUGGGCCGGCUGUAAAUCGGCCUCCGGGCUAUUCCGUCAAAUCAAAAGCGGCCGUCAGAUCAGUUGGACCGAUACUGCACGCGAAUGAGACGGCCCCGCGAAGUUAGGCUCCCGGCGGUCUGAAUGGAAGCACUGCGACAGGCGGCCCUAAACCCACCAACGACCAUGGCGAAUAACCCAGGCGGCCAGCUGCUUCCGGGUAAUGCGAAGACGGACUGUGCUUCCGUCUUUAGAGCUCUAAUCUGGGUUUCAUCCGAGGAAAUUUAGUAGCAUCUCCCCACAGCCGCUCAUCGUGAGGUUGUGUGGAUCACGCUACUUCGAUUGAGACCCUCACGACUUCCCUCACGGUGACUUACUCCGGCGAGUCGAAUCCCCCCCCCUUCCACGUCCGUGCGACAGUCGUGCAGCGUACUAUCUAAUUAUCUGUCCAUUUGCCUUGAAGGGGGGUGGGGGGGGGGGGCAGAUGCGGACCUUGCACUCAGGCUGAUUCAGCCUGAGCCUGAGCAGCCAGGUGGAUUUGUUGUUGUCCUUUUUCUUUAGGAUAUUCCUUAAUUAUUGAUUUGUUGUUGUUGUUGUUGUUGUUGGACGAUUGGACGAUUGACGAUUGACGAUUCUCAGUCCGCAUUCUUCCUGUCAAAUUCGACAAGGCUCUUUUUCACAGACCCUGG